GUUCGCCCAAGUCAUCCACAUGCCUGCAUUCAGUCGACUUUUCAUGUUCUAGAAGGUGAAGAGGAGUAUCAACGACUCGCGGCUUGAUUAGAAACUAAGCUGUUCGAUUUGAGACCGGCAGCAUCCAGAACCAGCACCGUAGCAGCUAUGGCAGAAUACUCAACCUCCAUUUUGACGUGUUUACUUGGGGUCUUGGUCGUGGCUGUGGCUACCAGCCAAGCUUUACAUGUCCCUGCUUUAAGUCACUGGGAGAAGACUUUUCCCAACGUUGCCAUACCCAGUUCUCUUCUCAGUUCUGUUUCACCAAUUGAUGGGACCGCUGAGGCGAACAGGAUUGUCGACGAAAUCAUAAAACACGCCAUCCAACAUGGGCCCCAGUUCUGUGAAAUUCUAGGUUCAUUGUGCGACGAGAAUGUAGAAAUAGCACCUUACAACAGCGCCUUCACCAGCUCGUUUAUUGCAGCUCACAUAGCACCAGAGGGUCCGAGCCGCACAUUGGGUAUCAAUACUAUUAAUGAUUUUCAGUUUGAUUUCUUUUUGGAAGAGAAUCUUGUAAAGGGUGCGAAGAUGAACCUCACCGAGAAUCUUCACGAUCCAAUUCCCAAGAGAGCGUUUCUUCCCAAAGUGGUGGCGGACCUACUCUCCCCUCUUUCCACAUCCAACUUGCCAAAGCUAAGGCAGACUUUCAACAUUGGCGAGAAUACUAAGAUGGCUACCAUCAUGGGCACAGCAACAUAUCUCUGCGAGAACCCUCCUCUUCCAGGAGAAGAAAGAGCGUGCCCAACCUCAGUCGAAACCAUGGCCGAAUUCGUCGCAUCUCAGUUAGGAAAGAAUGUGAAGUUGCUUGAAACUAGGGGAGCUCCAGCAAAUGCACCAGUGGAGAAGAAACCAGUAACAGUGGAGGACUUCACCAAGCUUUCUCUCGAAGAAGGAAAGAAAAUUGUCAUUUGUCACAAUUUGAUGUUCCCUUCGCAGGUGUACUACUGCCACCACGUUAAAGGCACAAAGGUGGUCCAAGCGUCUCUAGCAGCUGCUGAUGGUUCCACUAUUUCUGGUGUGGCUGUGUGCCAUUUGGAUACCACCAUGUGGAGCUCAGAGCAUCCUGCAUUUGCAGCUCUCAAAAUUCCUCGCGGCGCUGAAGCUUGCCACUGGACUGCCCAGAACGAUUAUAUAUGGGUGCCAUCGCAGCUGUAAAAUUGCUAGAGCAUGGGGAGUUUUUCGAGCCACAGAAUACCAGAAUUUUUCAGUUUUCAAUGUGUCGGCUAACAUAAAAGCCUCGGCAUCGCUCAUCAUUUUCGGUUUGUCAGCGUCACUGCAUCUUUAGUAUCAUAACCUAGCCUCCAUACUGGCAUAGGCUUUUAGCAUUUUGACAGCACAGUUUUUUGUAGCAUGCUAGUUACAGCCGUAGUACUGAGCGCAUUCUAAAGCAUGAUCCGAAGUGUACACCAUGUGCCUUCCAGCACUCGGUGGGGAUUCACUUUAGUUGUGCUAUACUUAAGCAAGUGCCUUUCUAAGAAUAGUAGCUCUAAAUGAGAUUGUCAAGAACCUUCGUACCUAUAACUUUUGCAAUAACAUAUAAUGCAUAUUAUAUCCCUCUUCUACUA